AUGCGCAGGUUUUUGAACAUGGUUCAGAGCGAGCUGAAGGCGGCCAAGAAGCCGGGGUACCAUGCCGUGGUCCUGAGGGCUUCCCAUCAGGAUUGGGUGCAGCUGAUGCGUGACAGGAUAUACAUCGUCUUCCUGCGGAAGGACGUGUAUGGUGUCGCGGAUGCUGGCUUCCUUGCCAAGACUUACAAGGACCUCGUCACCAAGCAGCGGGAGGUGCCUCCGAAGAAGCUCUCGGAUCUUUUGCCCGAGAGGAUGCUCGAGGAAGUGCCGGCAGGAGGGGUGCAACGGAGCAUUUGCGAGGUUCUUGGGCUGCAACUUUCUCUGAAGACCCCAAACCCACAUGCCAUUUAA